AUGUCAACACACAAAACCAACACCAAGAAAUUUCUCCUGGCUUACCUACGAUCCUCUGACCAAUUGAUCGUCAGGCGUAAGAAACAGUGGGGUUCCGUGAAGAAGGGAUGGAAAACUACCGAAGAAGUUCUUGAUGCGAUUGACGACCUAGUUAAUGAAAAGCCUCAAUGUCGACAGAAAUGGAAUGAUUGGGUCUUGAAAAAGGCCAAGGUGAUUGUAGCAGCACAAUCUCCCCCAACUGGUAGUCUUUACAUCAACAUCAACAAACUCGAUACAACUUUCUUUGACCGCGAAACCAAUGUUAAAAGAGAGGCAACUAUCAUCAAAAGCAUGAACUUUAUCCAUGAAUUAAUAUCUUUUAAACUUGGUGUUGAUAAGCAUUCAGGAGUUGGAAUGACUUCCGAUAGCUCAGGUUCCGAAGAGGACUUCAACAUUGAUUCCGACACCGGCUUGGCCUUGCACAACAACUUUUCUUCGAAAACUAAGUUGCCUGAAGAUGACGUUUAUCACAAAUCAAAUAACAAAGCAGAAAACACAAAGACCCGAUUGAAAGCGGAUAACGCAAAGUCUAUCAAGAAGAAAAUCAAAGCUGCUGGGACUCUCGGUUUCCUUAUAUGUAUUGACAAUCUGGACAUGAUGGAGCGGGUACACACUAGGCGAUUGGAUGCAACUAGCAAAAUUUUCCAUGGUACUUGGGGUUAUGUUCAUUAUCUGAAACCCGAUUUACUCACUUUUGUAAAUUCAGAAGAAUGUACAGUGCCAGCUUUUCAGGGUUUUGUCAAAUCCGAUUGUGAAAAGCCUGUAAACUCAGGAGAUUUACUUCCUACACAAGAUGAACAAAUUCGAUGGACUCUCACUCUGAAGAAUCAAAUUGCUCAGGUCCUCCUACGAUAUAUGAAGAGUCCCAAGAAGUUCAAGAAACUGUCAAUAUUGAACCUUAGCGCCAUUGACCAGAUCAAGCCCGAAAUACCUGAUAUCGACAUGCUCAAACUGAUGGAUUCAUCAGACAACGGUUCUGAAGGCAUUGCUUCCCUUUAUGACGAGAUCAGUAAACAGACCGGCCUCUCCCCUGAGGAUUUUUCGAAUGGAUUGAACAGAUACAUGAGGCCACCAUUGCAAGCUGCAUAUUUUCACAAUCUCGUUGAUAUGACUGUUGAGCUCUUUGAGGAAGCCGUUGAUAAAGUAUAUUUAGCUUACUUUUCGGGACGAGCCACACGUCUGGCGCGCCAAAAUGGAGAUAGCAAGAAACUCCAGCUGGGACCCGGAACAGACAUUCACAGAUUAAAAGAGACAUACUCUCUUACAGUGGGUCUGCUUUCACAUUUGGUUAAUACAAUGAAGGGUAGAGCAGGUCUGAACAAUGUGCGACAAUCCCGUCAAAAUAAAAUCACACCAGCUUCCAUGAUUUGA